AUGGAGCCAAUGCAGCAAUCUAGAAAAUUGGAUAGAUACAAAAAAAGGAUAAGUUUUGCUCAGGCUUUUGUAAAUAUUUCUAACAAGAACUGCGCAUUUGUGGAUGAAAAUUAUGAAGUUACAGUAAUAUUCGAUAUGGAGCAGCGGAUGACCUUAAGACUGGUGGAUUCUAAUUCUCAACAGGAAGUAAUUCUUACCUUAGUUUAUGCCAAGUGCGAUGCUAUUCAGAGGAUUAAAAUGUGGGACACAUUAUAUGCUUUGGCUUCUGAUAUGGAUGAGGAGGAAAAUUUUGGAGGCCUACCAGUACACCUCAAUGAGAUUGAUAAUUUUAGGCAUUGUGUAACAACAUGUAACUUGCAUGAUAUUGGUUUUAAAGGUAGUAUCUUCACUUGGUGGAAUGGAAGGACUGAAGAAGAUUGCAUUUUUAAGAGGUUGGAUAGAGUAUUAGCAAAUAUGGAGUUUCAACAAAUGUUCUCAGAACAUGCCACCUUUCAAGAUGUUGUGAAGGAAAACGGGACGAUAGACUUUAGUAGUAAUCCAUUCAUAAUCUUCAAUCACAACUUGAAGAAGUUGAAGCGAGCAUUAUCAGUAUGGAGCAGGGCUACAUAUGGGGAUAUUUUCCAAAAGAUUGCUAGCUUGGAAGAGGUGGUACUUGUUCAUGAAGCACAGUUUGAAAUCAAUCCAACAAAGCUUAAUAGAGAAAGUCUUAACAAAGUUCAGGCUGAACUUAUCAGAGUUUUGUCUCUCGAGGAAAAGUUUUGGAAGCAAAAGUCUUGCAUGUCAUGGUUUAAGGAUGGAGAUCGCAACACUAAACUCUUUCAUGCAAAAGUGAAUGGUAGGAGAAGAAGAUUGCAAUUAAAUAGGAUUCAGAAUAGUGAAGGUAACUAG